AUGACCAAGGCACAUCGCUUCAGCCAUCUGCCCGCACGCUCUGCUGUGGACCUGGAGUUUAAAGACCUCUCGUACAGUGUCCAGAAAGGGCCCUGCUGGAGGAGGACAGGUUUUAAAUCCUUGCUCAAAAGUCUGUCUGGGAAAUUCUGCAGCCGAGAGCUCAUAGGAAUUAUGGGUCCGUCAGGCGCCGGCAAGUCCACAUUAAUGAACAUACUGGCUGGAUACAGACAAACUGGGAUGAAAGGUCAGAUCCUGGUGAAUGGAAAACCUCGAGACUUAAGAAAGUUCAGAAAAAUGUCCUGUUAUAUAAUGCAGGAUGACAAGCUGCUGCCACACCUCAGCGUACGAGAGGCCAUGAUGGUUUCAGCAAACUUGAAGUUGAAUGAAACCAUACAUGUGAAGAAAAAACUGGUGGGUGAGAUCCUGAGCUCUCUGGGGCUGUUGGACUGUGCCAACACCAGGACCAGUGCUCUGUCCGGGGGGCAGUGCAAGAGACUGGCCAUCGCUCUGGAGCUCGUCAACAACCCCCCUGUCAUGUUCUUCGAUGAGCCCACCAGUGGCUUGGACAGUGUCUCCUGUUACCAGGUGGUGUCACUGAUGCGCUCUUUAGCUCAGGGCGGACGCACCAUCAUCUGCACCAUCCACCAGCCCAGCGCCAAACUCUUGGAGAUGUUUGACAAGCUCUAUAUUGUCAGUCAGGGCCAAUGUAUUUACAAAGGCUCGGUGCCAUACCUCAUCCCGUAUCUGAAGACCCUUGGCCUGUACUGUCCCACCUACCACAACCCUGCCAACUUCAUCAUUGAAGUGGCCUCUGGGGAGUAUGGGAACAUGAACCCCAUGCUAUUUGAAGCAGUUCAGAAUGGACUGUGUGCUUUAGACGAGAAGAAAACCCUCAGCCAAAACAAUGGAUGCCCGAUCUGUACCACAACCAACCACAGGGUUGAAAGCCAUACUUUUGCAACAAGCACUUUAACACAGUUCUGCAUUCUGUUCAAAAGGACGUUUAUAACCAUAUGUAGAGAUCAGGUUUUGACUAACCUCAGGCUCGCGUCACACAUCCUGAUCGGCGUGUUAAUAGGUUUAUUGUAUCUCCAAAUUGGAAAUGAUGCGAGUAAAGUCUUUAACAACACUGGCUUCCUCUUCUUCUCAAUGCUCUUCCUCAUGUUUGGAGCCCUCAUGCCCACUGUCUUAACAUUCCCAAUGGAGAUGUCUGUAUUCUUGAGAGAACAUCUGAACUACUGGUACAGUCUGAAGGCAUACUAUUUGGCAAAAACCAUGGCGGACAUACCCUUUCAGGUGUUGUGUCCAAUCUUGUACUGUAGUAUAGUGUACUGGAUGACGGAACAGCCCCCCGAAGCAGCUCGGUACCUGCUCUUCAUGGCUCUGUCCAUCUGCACUGCUCUAGUCGCACAGUCUCUGGGGCUGCUGGUCGGGGCUGGAGCCACCUCUCUACAGGUUGCUACAUUUAUCGGCCCUGUCACUGCCAUCCCUGUGCUGCUCUUCUCUGGCUUCUUUGUCAACUUUGAUACAAUCCCCAAGUAUAUGCAGUGGUGCUCCUAUUUGUCUUAUGUCAGGUAUGGUUUUGAGGGAGUGAUUCUGUCAAUCUAUGGCAUGAACCGCACGGAGCUGGAGUGCCCUGAGACAGUGUGCCAGUUCCAGCAGCCAGAGCAGGUACUAGAGCUGCUGGAUGUGGAAGACGGUAAGAUCUACAUGGACUUCAUCAUUCUGGGUAUCUUCUUCCUCAUCCUGCGUCUGGCCACGUACCUCGUCCUCCGCUACAAGAUCAAGGCAGAGAGAUAG